CAUUGAUGUUGUAGUCGUGUAGACUACAUUCAUUUAGAAGAGUACGCGUCGUUUCAGCUUUUGUUUCGUAGUUGUAUCACUAUGCUCAGUCCUGGCACAACUUAGUUGUUUGGUUCGGCAGUGACAGAAUUAGAGUUGAAACGUUUCCCUGUUUAUCGUCCUCGGGCAACAUUAAAAAACCAAUAAAAGAUGGCGGUCGCUGCACCAAUUGUAGCGAGCGACACUGGGUCCCCGAUGCAGAAUACUUACCAGUCCAGUGGAGGGGGUUUCAAUAUGGUACCGAUCGGAAGUGUUGGUGGCUUGCAGCCGGUUGACAGGGCAUCGCAUGGAGGUAUACGAAAUUCUGGCUUAUUUCGCUGACCAGAACUAUUUUCGAACACGACUCCUUCAGCAUGAUACAACCAGAUCGGCAUAGAUAAAGACCACCACGACUAUCUCCAUCAAUUAUGAUUUGUUCCGUGCUUAGUUGUAUGGUAGAUAGAAGCACAUGAAUCGAAGAUCAUGAUCAAUAUAUAAGAAUAAUUCAGCAAGACCAUGAUCAAUAAGAAUAAUUCUACAAGAACUUUCCAAUGUCAUCUCAACAGUAGGUGGCUCCAACAUGGUUGUUGGCCCUCCGCUUACGACGUUCGGAGCGAGUACCUACAAUGGUCAGUCACCUAUGAUGGGGCAGCAUCAGCAGGUCCAGCCACUGGGCCAACAGCCAGGGGACGUCGAUCGCAUGGGAGACGAAGUGCGAGCGUGGUCCACCCUUCAUGUUUAUGGAAACUGAGCACUUCUCUGAUCAUGACCGACGCUAAUAUGUGUGACUAUCAUAACCGACACUCAUGAAUGUGUGCGAGGACUAUCAUGUUGCAAACAAGGGCGGACGCGGAGUACUACGCAACAAGAAUAGUAGUUUAAAGACCAAGCAGGAGAAGCAACGUCAAGGUCGUCAGUCUAAUUUCUCAUGCUUGGAUUUUGCUGUGGGUGCUGUUGCUGCAGUUGUCUGUGUCUCGGACCAUGUUACUGCUAUCUGGGCUGCAAGGAACAGGGUGUGGAACCAACAAGUAGUGCGCUUCAAAUGGGUGACACGCAAUUUGGAGUAGGGAGACCUGGCGCAUCCUACGCGCAGCAACGAGAGAAAUUCAAAGCUGUUCAGUACUAUCCGAUGUAUGAUUUCGAAAAAUGAAUAUGAAGAUUUUUUAUGAAGAUUCUUUUUGCUUUGGAUGGCGUCGAUGGUUUCGUUUUUUUUUUGCUUGAGAUUUCGAUUGCCUCGCCAAGCGCGAAUGUUGAGCAAUUUCUUCCAACACCAAAAAGAGAAACUUCUCACGCUACUUCUACUAAUCAUGACUCCAGUGGCGCAAUGCGAACGAUAUUCUGUUGGUAUUUUUGCCACAUACCGCUGAUCUUCUUUUGGAUGGUCAUGACGUUUAUCUCCGCUACCUACCCAGAAAGCACAGAAUUUCCGUUGCAAAUCGAAAAUUUUAUGAUGUUGGUAGCCUUCUCCAUUUCCAUAUGUAAGAAAAUAAAAAGAUCGAUUUGCCGACUACACGUCUUUACAACAAGAUAGACGUAUCGUCUAGUUCACCCAGUUCCAGUGUUUACAAUUUGAAUUUGUCUUCGAAUUUGGAGCAUUGCAGGUGCAGCAUACUCAUCUUCAAUAUUUCUUCUUUUCUAGUUUUCUACGGCCUGACUUUAAUUUAAUAUUUCCUCUAAUAGCGCGGAGAAUCGAUAUCGCAACAUCACCGUGGCGCGGCAAGUACCUGCAGGACAGAAUAGUGCAGAUUAUAUUUUUACUGGUUACGAACCUGUGCUACUUGCUGAAAAUGGAAAGGUCGCAGCACAAUUCGGUGUGUCGGCAAAACAAAAUCCGCUGAUGGUCACCUUCUCGCAAAUUGAGGACAAAGAUGACCGGACCUGGGAGUGGGCUCGCAUUUAUCGCAAAGAGCCAUUCGACGACAAACUCUGGUGUCUCUGGCAUUCACGUACUUGCUAAGCUAGUAUAUUACUACGAUAGCAAUUAUAGCAUGCAGCUCUUCUGGUGUAGUCUCUGGUACACUCACAUCUCCAUACUAGGAUACAUAGAUAACCGGUUAACUUUUCCUCAUAAAUCCUAGGUCGUUAGUCCCUCCCAUGACCAAGACAUGGUAGCAUACGUAGCAUAACUUCAUUCAUCAUCUUGAUCUUCAUCUGAAAGAACACAACUCAAACUCAACUGAAUAAACACUACUUGAUCUGCCAGCUGUACGAUACCAACAUUGCCAAUUCGAGGAAGAAAAGGACGACGAGCGUUGGAAGUGGUCCAAAGAAAAGAAGACAUUUGUGAAAUGGAAAAAUGAGAAGGAAGGGCUUGGUUUUGCGGAGGGAGCAAUACCCCCUGCCCAAGAAAUGGCUCCACUUUUAUGCAGAAAAACACAAAAUACAUGCAGUCAUGUUUAAUCAAUUGUACUAGUUGUCUCCUUUAAGCACUACUAUAUUUAUUGAUACCACUGGUGCUUGUUGGGCACAAUAUUUAUCAUGAUCAUCAACGUGUAAGGUUCCAGUUAUACGCAUAUCAUCUGCAAGUAGUUCAAAAGUCUGGCAAGUCUCGUUUACUACUGCUCACGUGCUCCCUACUUGUUCAACUACUUCAAUUUCUCAUUUUUGCACAUGGGCUGCAUGCGAUUCAUCUAAUAGAGGUCACGCGAGAUUAUGACGCUGCAAGUGUUUUUCCAGCAGCCGGCGAUGUGAUCUUUCUUGAUCAAAACGGCGGGACUAUAUUUUUCGGCGUGCUAUUGGUUAUGGUCUGGCACUGCUACACAGCUAUUCUUGGAUUCUCGACGUUUUUCCAAAUCUUUUCGGGAAAUAAGUCGUGUUCUACUUCAUGAUGAUCAUCUAUGACCAGGUUCCGCAGCUGAAGAGAGCUACAAUUGUUAUUGGACAGCCUCUAAUUUGGUCCUCAACGGUGCUUUCAGCAUAGGAGCAUGCAUUUGGCUUUGUAUGCAGAACAGCCGCCUAAGCGCUUACAUCAAACAACAAGAUUUCAGAGUAAUGAGCAACAAUCAGAUGGCAAUGGCAGGCGGUCUCGGUGGAGGAAUGGGCAGACCGUCAUAUCAAACUUACGGCCACUUGUACUAGUUACUUCCUAGUAAUCCUAAUGAAUCCUACAACUGCACAGUCGUGUUAGAGACGAGGAAAACUGCACUUCUAGCUCCGCUUCCGUAGUUUUAGUGCCGUAUAAUUUUCGCUGCUCUAGUACAUGUAGAUUUAGUAAUCGGACGCUCUAAGAACUGGGACGAGGUGGCAUGCCGCAAACACAAAUUGGAGCACCUGGAGGGAUGAUUCAAAUGCAAGGGCCACCGGGAUCGAUCGCUCAAAUGGGACCGCCAAGUCCCUACGCAGGAGGACCGCAACAACAGCCCUACAUGAUUAAUGCUUGCCGUAAUUCAUCUUCAGAGGCAUCUCUGACACCUUUUCAAGGGGGAAAUACGUCAAAGAUGAUUUCCAAGAUGAAUUUGGGCAAGCUCUAACAUGAUGCAACAUCAAGGUAUCCAGUUGACUCCUGUUCUGCACCCGACCGUGGUAAGGUGACCAGUUGUAAUGUGAACAGAGUGCAAGUCUACAACUCUUCAGUCUCGGAUUUCAAGGAGGGCUUACUCACUGGAUCAGUAGGUACAACAAGUGUUCUAGCAGCGCAGAACAGCACACGCAGGACCACGAAAAGCGCGCUCCACUUGCUGAAGGAUCUUGCACGGCAGGGAUUCGGCAGCUCUGCACAGUCGUCUCUAAACCGCUGGUGGUAGCACCUCGUUCACGACACAUGAAAAUUUUCGAAGGAGCUGGAGCACAACCAGGAGGAGCACUGUGAUGUAACGCGAAGAAGUCAUCGCGCGGCGCUUCGUAGAGCAGUCAAGCGAACGCGUACCCACUCCACAAGCCCACCCCACAAGCGGUCACAAGCCCACCCCACAGGCCGCUCGAUGCAAAGCACAAGCCGGAACUUUUCUUGCAAGUGCAUACGCAGACCACUGCAUAAGAGGAAAGGACUCGCCCGUUCUACCUCUACCUGCAUGUUCCAUACUUCUCUUAGUCGAUUUCUGGCGGUCACAUCAGGGCAAACCAGUGAAAAUGCCAGAGAGGGUGGCAAACUUGAACAAGUCGAAAUCCCAGAAGAGGAUCUCGUGUCCUAGACCACUACAUCCCCCUCCCGUACUCCUUAAUUCGCAGGCAUCGAUGAUUUUCGUAAGUAAGUAUAUUGCCACACAUGAAAGUUGUUUAUUUCUCAACUGUCUUGGUAAGAAAGGGGGCAAAAAGGAGCACGGAAAGAGUACAAGCUGACACUAAAUCCAGAAAUUAGUGAAACUUGAACUCAGAGCUAAAGAAGAAGAGGGUUAGUGUAAGGACGUUAACAGCUUUCGAGCCAAAUACUUACGAACACCCUCUGGAGCUUACUUGCUCGACCGGAAGUAAGGUAGCAUAAAGUUGCUGUAGCUAAACUUAGACUAACUUUGGAACAAAGAAACAACGAAAGUUGUCAGGAACUGGCUUCGACUGUCUCGCCCCCAACAAGGAGAGACUAGAAGUUUACCAAGGUCCCGCUAACUCUUUUACGACAAGAGGAAACUGCUUCAAGCGAGAAAAUACACUUAUAUCCAGUAAAAAUAGG